CUGUUAGUGAAGGCAGCAUGCACCGGAUGUUGUUCACAUGUUGCCGGAAGUCAGUUGCUGUGGGGAAGAGGUUACAUGUGAAGCGGUCUUCCGGCGGGUUUAGAUUGGAGGAUGAUACAGUUUCACCGGUUUCAGCUUAUUCAAACAUCACCGAAAAGCAGCAAAGCUUAUUGAGACCUCCGGGAUACUAAGACACACAAACACAGUGAAAGGAGUUCAUAUUCAUCAUGUCAAACAUUACAAUUAAUAUGUGCUCUGAUGUCACCACACAGAGAGAACAUCCACCAAAAAAGCAAAAUUUGAAAAGCAAAAACUUUCAUAAAAAAAUGCGACACUUGGAGGCAAAGGGAUACCUCAGGGGUAAACAAAACCGCAACCACAACCCGAGAGACAUUGAAGGUGGUCAGACUCCACGUCAGAAUGGAUCGUAUCAGAAAUCCUCAACACUGCCAGCUCCCUCUGCUUCACACAACAGAACUUUACCUCAUCCUCACGGUGCCUAUAGUUUUAAAUCUCAGCUUUUUGGAUCCACUCACAGCCUGCCUUCAACGACGUCCACUGUGAACAAAAGUGACGACCACAAGCCAAAGGAACUGUUGAGCACAAAAGCCCAAACCAGUGGCCCCUCCACUAGCAGCCACAAACCCUGCACCAAGGCAACCGGGAACCCCAACAAGUACCUCGCAAUCGACUGUGAGAUGGUCGGUACGGGACCAAAGGGUAGCAUCAGUCAGCUUGCACGCUGCAGUAUAGUAUCAUAUGAAGGAGAUGUGAUUUAUGAUAAGUAUAUCAACCCUGCCAUGCCUGUGACUGACUAUCGCACCCGCUGGAGCGGCAUUCGCCCUCGAGACCUGAUCAAGGCCACGCCGUACUCGGAGGCCAGGAAGGAGAUCCUUAAACUGCUCAUGGGGAAAGUGAUCAUCGGCCAUGCUAUCCACAAUGACUUCAAGGCUCUCAGUUACUUUCACCCCACAGUCUUGACCAGAGACACUUCAAAAAUUCCUCUGCUCAACGUGAAGGCUGGCUUUGGUGCAAAAGAGUGCGUGUCACUGAAGAGACUCACUAAAGCCCUCUUAAACCGGGACAUCCAGAACAAGAAAGGCCACUCUUCUGUGGAGGAUGCUAAAGCCACUAUGGAGCUGUACAAGGUAGUGGAAGGGGAGUGGGAGAAAACACUCCUUUCCAAUUCAGUGGCUUCUUAAAGCCUGGUUUGGCUAGUUGGCAUUUAAAUAAAGUCUGUAAAAGCUGCCUAAAGGCAUCUGAAAACCCCACUCAAUCUGGGUUAUUGUGUACAUACAUGGUUUUUGAUCUUGAGGGUAUUGUGGGAAAAUUAAACCUUUCCACCCAGAUAUUUCUUGGCAUAAAAACAAGAAUUGCCAAAGCAGAAUUUUACUAAAAGGAAAAUAUUUAACAGGCAAUGAAGGAACACAAAUUUAAAAUUAAAUUAACUUUGUUAAAAAAGAUUCAGUACUUAAGGAAGUAUAACUUUACAACAAAGGAAAUGAGGAUAAGCUUUGGUAGCAAAUUUGUGGUCAUAUUGACCUUAAACAUCAUUCGGAGUCGAAGAGUUCAUUGAAUAAUGAUUUAGAUAAGAAAUAAAGCUUUUUUUCUUGAUUUUAAAAACCCUCUUUAAAACACGAAAUAUAUGUAUAACAUGUAUUACAACAACAUUGAGAUUUGAGAAAAUUACUGGUAAAAGAAAAGGUGUAUUUUAAGAUAAUCUCCUAUUUCUGGACUUUUAACAGUAAAUAAACAUUUGCUAGAAUUACUGUUAUUUUUCUCAGGGUUUGGAUUGUAAAAGGUGCUUCUGUUUUGUCUGUUCAGCAACAAAAUGUUCAUAGCUAUAGGUCUCUGUGGGUUUUAUAACAAAAAAACAAACUUUUUACUUGCCUUUUAAGGUAAACAUUUUUAUGCAAGUCAGAAAUGUAGUUCUUUUAAAGCAAUAUUUACAGAUUUUGGCAGCACUGUUUAAUUUUGGUGCUGUUGCUAAAAAUCAAAAUGGACAAAAAUGCUUCUUGAAAAUUGUAUUAUUAUGUACAUGUUAAGCUUUUAUAUAGUUGGAUUGUGUCUCUUUAAAACUUAAUUUUAUCAAAGAAUUCCAGGGAUAUUUCCUCAUAAAAUGGGUUGUUGAACAUUCAAAUGUGGGAAAAGACAGUAGCAAAACCAGCUCAAAUUAUUUUCAAUCUUUAAUGUUGAAAUAAAAUAAUAGUCGUAGAUUUGAGUGAAUAUUUGUGUUUUUAUGGCUUGCAAGUUUAAUGUAU